AUUGGUUGUCACCUGCGAUUGGAGGAAUUCUGAAACGGUUUCCAUUUCAGCUCAUGGGCGGGUCGAAGCUGCAAAAGUUCCUCGCGGUCCGGCACAUUCAAACACCGCUGGGUCCCACGACAGGCUUGGCGUCGUCCACACGUCUCAGUCUCAACUAUAUCCACCACAAGAAGCCGAAUGCUCUGCCCGAAGUGUGGGCGACAUUCACAGUACGCAAGCACGGAGCGCGGGUGGACAACGCUCGUAAGAUUCUCCAGUCCGUCGACGACGAGAACUUCGUGACGCGCGAGCCCGAGGCGGUGCCGAUCAACAUCCACAUGGACGAGCUGGCCGUGCAGGCAUCGUACGACCAAGCGAGCCGCCUGCGGGUGCUGACGUUCGACCCAGACGACCAUGCGCUGGAACAAGUGAUUUUGAGUCGGAGUGCGUACGACGACGCCGUGGAAGCCGAGCGACAGCUUGUCGCGGACGGGGAAAAGCAGCAGUCAGUGCGGGAACUCGUCACGAGCCACACAUUCAAGUGGCUGCUCUCCAAAUCCGCGACCGAGACAAGUGGAGACGAUGCAGCGUUGGUUUGUCAUCUCCAGAACACGAUGCCCCUCGCCCAACAUUAACCCAUCAACACGACGUGUGAGCUCCUUCUGUAGAGUUGGAGAUGCUCUUAACAGGCUAAUGAGCAUGCUGGUGUUGAUGUAGUGAAACCCAAGACAACCGUCUAUGUCUAUGGCAUCGUAUUCCUCUUGCAGCAACGCGUGUAUGCCAAGGCAGUGGACAUACACUUGAGAACUCCAAAAUGCCCACAAACUCACGGCGAAGAACAAUCUUACUCGCAACCAAACAAGCCCGCACACCGGAGCUCGUUUGGAGGACCUUAUGCUUGAAAAUGCGAUUCCGCACGAUCACAUCCUGCACAUGGGAAAUCCAAUCAACACAUCACUUGGUUAACUAGUACUACUAGUAGUACAGUACUCUGUUUCUAGACAUGGUCAAUGUAUUGUAGGGGCCUUUUGGGAUGAUACCAGGGCCAUACAAACUGUAAUAUAAAUAUGAAAUAUUGCGAA